CCCAGGCUGCAGGCUCUAAAGAGGCCCCAGUCAGUAGCCAGACAUGAGCUGUGAGGGUCAAAUUGGCAGACUGUGCUAAACACAGCUACCCAUCAGACCGUCCACCCUCUACCAGGCAGCAGAAGACAGGUGGCUCUACCCCUGGCUGAGGGUAGGUGUGGCACCGCUGUCUGCCGCUGCUGUGCCCUCUUUGGCCUCCGUGCAAUCAGACUCAACAGCAGGAGAACUGCCAUCCGAAGCUCCCGUUUCGACACAGGGCCAUUCACCAGGAACAUGGGGCUCCCUGGUGUCCAGCUCCGGCUGGUGCUGCUGUGGGCACUGGCGUGGGCACAGGAGACAAGGUCUGUGUGUCCCUCCUGUGGGGGCCCCACCCUGGCACCCCAAGCAGAACGAGCGCUGGUCCUAGAGCUGGCCAAGCAGCAAAUCCUGGAGGGGCUGCACCUGACCGGUCGUCCCAGGAUAACUAACCCUCCACCCCAGGCAGCACUGAGCAGAGCUCUCCAGAGACUGCAGCAGGGAAGUGUGGCUUCGACGAAAGGGGAGGAGGUCAUCAGCUUUGCUACCACCACAGACUCCUCCACUUCAACCUGCAGCUCCAUGCUCACCUUCCACCUGUCCACUCCUCGGUCCCACCAGCUGUUCCACGCGCGCCUAUGGCUUCAUGUACUCCCCGCCCUUCCUGGCACUCUUCCCUUGAAGAUCUUUCGAUGGGGCACAAGGAGGAGGCACAGAGGGUCCGGCACCUUCCUGGCUGAGCACCACAUUACAAGCCCUGGCUGGCAUGCCCUGACUCUGCCCUCUAGUGGCUUGAGGGGUGAGGAGUCUCGUGUCCUGAGGCUCCAACUGGACUGCAGUCCCCUAGAAGGCAACAGCACACUUGCCGGACAAGCUCAGCGCCUCCUGGACACAGAGGGAAACCAGCGGCCCUUCCUGGAGCUUAAGACCCGUCCCAGUGAGCAGGGAGCAGGCCGAGUCAGGAGGAGGACCCCCACCUGUGAACCUGAGACCCCCUUAUGUUGUCGGCGAGACCAUUAUGUAGACUUCCAGGAACUGGGAUGGAGGGACUGGAUCCUGCAGCCUGAGGGGUACCAGCUGAAUUACUGCAGUGGGCAGUGCCCCUCCCACCUGGCUGGCAGCCCGGGCAUUGCUGCCUCCUUCCAUUCUGCUGUCUUCAGCCUCCUCAAGGCCAACAACCCUUGGCCCUUGGGUACCUCCUGCUGUGUCCCUACUGCCCGGAGGCCUCUCUCUCUCCUCUACCUGAACCGCGAUGGUAAUGUGGUCAAGACAGAUGUGCCAGAUAUGGUGGUGGAGGCCUGUGGCUGCAGCUAGCAAGAGGCUCUGGGGGUUGAAGUAAAGAUAUCAAGUUGGGGGUUUCCAGGCAAAGGGCAUCUGUGGCUGGAGGCAUCAGAUUCCCGUUCUGCACCACCACCCAAUGGCCCACCUGGCAGUAUGACUGAGUUGACCUCUCUGGGACCCAAAUGGACACUUUCCUAGCCAGACGCUGGUCUAUUCCAGGCUGGUUGAUGUGUGGGGAGCUGGGGAAAGUGUGUCCUCUGAAGGAACCUACCCAGAAAGCAUGGUUUCCUGCCCUAUGAGAAAAUAGCAGCGGCAAGGGAGGGAGGGAGGGAAGGAGGGAGGGGAGCAGCAGGCAGAGAAAAUGACUUAGUCUCUCCCGAGAAGAGAAAGUCCUCAAGUGAGAGCAGAAAGAAGCAGACUGAGGAUCCAGCAGACUUGGGGCAGGGGAAACAGGCUGGCCAGGGGUCGGACUGUGGAAGUGCUUUAAGGGAGGGUCAAGAAGGAGAUGGGCAAGGGCUGAGGAAGGUGUUUAGCAGAGCCCCAGAAAUGGGUGUCAGGAGAGGAGAGUGCUGAGCCUGAGAAGUUCCUUGGCUUUUCCCAGUGAGAGGCAGGACCCACUGGGGAAACAAACAUUUAUACUUUCCUAGUAAAAAUGAAGAAGAAAAAUCAACCAGUGUGAGUCAUAAAGGGCUGGGGUGAUGGGCCAGAGCCAUGGUUCUCAAGGUGUGGUCUGGGGACCCCUGGGAGGUUCCUGAGACCCUUUCAGGGGUGUCCACAGGGUCACAACUAGUUUCAUAAUAAUACUAAGAUGUUUGCCUUUUUAUUUUCAUGAUCUCAAAAGUAUUCAGUGUUUUCCAGAGGCUGGUGACAUGCGAUUACGUCAUCUUUCUGACAUUGUUAAUGGGAUGUGUGCUUGUGUAUUCUUGUGUUACAAACUUUUUUCAGUUUUAAUUUCUAAUAUGGUAAAUUGAUACAAACCACAUAAACAACAGCUUGAUAAACUUAAAGAGUG